UUCUACUAAUGAAAUGUGCUUGGCUGAACCGCAACGCGCGCUCCUUCCAGCGGACUCCCAUACAUAAAACAGCACGUAAGGAAGAGAGACCUGUCCCUUUAAAUUGGUGUCAAAGCCGAUUACGGCUGAUCUCAAUCGUGAUUCUGUUUUUACCGUCUGUUCACUGGAUCUAUUUUUGUUUUACUCGGCUGCGUGCACGAUAAGCGUUCAAUUGAAUUGAACAUGCUAUAUGCAAGUUGUUUUGUUUCGAGGAUAUGUUUUCACUUUUAAAAGUUGCAUGUACUCAGGCAUGGGUUGAGUGAGUUCCUUGUUUGGAUAAAUAAUUUCGGGGAUUCUUUUGGAUAUGGGCAGCAGCGUUGCAGAACGCAGCUCCAGCAAACCAACUUUCCCGUACGCGUCGGUGGCUUUGUGUUUUAUUUUUGUAAAGACUGUCAACUUUCUCUCUCGCUAUAUCUAAAAAGGGUGCAAAUUCAAGGAUAUGGUGUUGAGCAAAUAAAUUACGUAUAAAGUGAUUUGAGUCGGAAAAUGCAGAAAAGUGUGCGGUACAAUGAGGGCCACGCACUGUAUCUAUCCAUGGUCGCGCGCAAAGAGGGGACAAAACGCGGCUAUCUCAGUAAAAAGACGACGGAAAACAGCCGUUGGCAUGAAAAAUAUUUCGCAUUGUAUCAAAACGUCCUGUUUUAUUUUGAGAACGACCAAAGCACUCGCCCUUCUGGGAUAUAUUUGUUAGAAGGAUGCACAUGCGAAAGGGUCCCCGCGCCAAAGGUUUCCACGGCGGGCAAGGAGACUCUGGACAAGCAGCAUUACUUCUUGGUGGUUUUUGGCCAUGAUGGACAGAAGCCACUGGAACUGCGUACAGAGGAGGAGCCUGACUGCGAGGAGUGGGUGGAGGCUAUCCAGCAGGCCAGCUACUCCGACCUCAUCAUCGAGCGUGAGGUGCUGAUGCAGAAGUACAUCCACCUGGUGCAGAUUGUGGAGACUGAGAAGGUGGCAGCCAACCAGCUUCGCACACAGCUGGAGGACCAGGACACAGAAAUUGAGAGGCUAAAGGCUGAGAUUGUUGUCCUGAAUAAAACCAAGGAAAGGAUGCGGCCAUACCAGGUAACCCAGGAGGAGGAGGACCCCGAUAUUAAAAAGAUUAAGAAGGUGCAGAGCUUCAUGCGUGGCUGGCUGUGCAGGCGGAAGUGGAAGAUCAUUGUUCAGGACUAUAUCUGCUCUCCCCACGCCGAGAGCAUGCGGAAGAGGAACCAGAUUGUGUUCAACAUGGUGGAGGCCGAGACUGAAUACGUCCACCAGCUCUCCAUCCUGGUCAACUGCUUCCUGCGGCCAUUGCGCAUGGCCGCCAGCUCAAAGAAGCCACCCAUCAGCCACGACGAUGUCAGCAGCAUAUUCCUCAACAGUGAGACCAUCAUGUUUCUUCAUGAGAUAUUUCACCAAGGCCUGAAGGCCAGGAUAGCCAACUGGCCCACAUUAGUGUUAGCCGACCUCUUCGACAUCCUGCUGCCGAUGCUGAACAUUUACCAGGAGUUUGUGCGCAACCACCAGUACAGCCUGCAGGUGCUGGCCAACUGCAAGCAGAACCGGGAUUUCGACAAGCUGCUGAAGCAGUAUGAGGCCAAUGCUGCCUGCGAGGGCCGCAUGCUGGAGACCUUCCUCACCUACCCUAUGUUCCAGAUCCCUCGGUACAUCAUCACGCUCCAUGAGCUGUUGGCCCACACCCCUCAUGAACACGUGGAGCGCAAGAGUCUGGAGUUUGCCAAGUCCAAACUGGAGGAGCUGUCCAGGGUGAUGCACGACGAGGUGAGCGACACGGAGAACAUCCGCAAGAACCUGGCCAUCGAGCGCAUGAUUGUGGAGGGCUGCGACAUCCUGCUGGACACCAGCCAGACGUUUGUGCGCCAGGGCUGUCUGAUCCAGCUGCCCUCAGUGGAGAGGGGGAAGCUCAGCAAGGUGCGCCUGGGCUCUCUCUCCCUGAAGAAGGAGGGCGAGCGACAGUGUUUCCUCUUCACCAAGCACUUCCUCAUCUGCACCCGCAGCUCCGGGGGCAAGCUGCACCUGCUCAAACAGGGUGGGGCGCUCUCCCUGAUCGAGUGCACGCUAAUCGAGGAGCUGGACGCCAGCGAUGAAGAGUCCUGCGUGGCCGGACAGGUGUUCAGCCACCUGGAGUUCAAGAUUGUGGUGGAGCCGUCGGAUGGGCCCUCCUUCACAGUUGCCCUUCUGGCCCCCUCCCGGCAAGAGAAGGCGGCGUGGACCAGUGACAUCAGCCAGUGCAUCGACAACAUUCGCUGCAAUGGCCUGAUGACCAGCGUGUUCGAGGAGAACUCCAAAGUCACUGUACCUCACAUGAUUAAAUCUGACGCGCGUCUCCAUAAAGAUGAUGUUGACAUUUGCUUCAGCAAGACGCUCAACUCGUGCAAGGUUCCCCAGAUCCGCUACGCCAGCGUGGAGCGGCUUCUGGAGAGGCUGACCGACCUGCGCUUCCUCUCCAUCGACUUCCUCAACACCUUCCUGCACACCUACCGCAUCUUCACCACGGCCGCCGUCGUCAUGGACAAGCUGGCCGACAUCUACAAGAAGCCCUUCACAUCCAUCCCUGUCAGGGUCCAGUAUCACUCGUGUGACCGUUUGUCCAUCACCUCCAUCUGUCCUGACUACAGCCUGAAGAUCACAAGGCUAGCCCUGGACCAGUCAAAGUCCCUGGAGCUCUUCUUUGCCACGAACCAGAGCAGCCGAAGCGGGGAGCACGUGAACGACAAGUCCCCCCGGCUGUGCCGCAAAUUUUCCUCUCCUCCACCCCUCUCCAUCCCCUCCCGCACCUCCUCCCCCGUCCGCACACGCAAGCUCUCCCUCAGCUCGCCCGUCAGCGCCAAGGUGGGCGCCCUAGACCUGUCCACCACCUCCCUCUCGGCCGCCAGCAGCCCCACCAUGUCGCCCCCGCCCAGCUGCACCAAGGCCCCCCUGGACCUGAGCCGGGGUCCCUCCUCCCCCGAGCACAGCCCCGGCAUCCUGGAGGAAGGGGCGGAGCUUCCGCGCAUCGACGCCUUCUGCGGGAAACUGCGGCGCAGCAUCCGUAGGGCUGUUCUGGAGUCCGUGUCUCUGGACAAGUUCAUUCCAGAGACCCCCUCGGCCAGCGAAUCGGGCGAUGUGUCACCCUGCCGGUCGCCCUCCACUCCUCGACACCUACGCUACAGGCAGCCUGGAGGCCAGACAGCAGAGGGCCCCCGGUGUGCCGUGUCUCCCGCCUCCGCCUUUGCCAUCGCCACGGCAGCCGCCGGGCACAGCAGCCCCCCAGGUUUCAACAAUUCAGAGAGGACGUGCGACAAAGAGUUUAUCAUACGCAGGGCGGCCACCAACAGAGUGCUCAACGUCCUGCGCCACUGGGUCUCCAAGCAUUCUCAGGACUUUGAGAUGAAUGGCGAGCUGAAGAUGGGUGUGAUCUGCCUGCUGGAGGAGGUACUUCGUGACCCUGACCUGCUGCCCCAGGAGAGGAAAGCCACAGCCAACAUACUGAGCGCUCUCACUCAGGAUGACCAGGAUGACGCCCAGCUGAGGAUCGAGGACAUUUUGCAGAUGGCUGAGUACCCCAAAGCUGAAUGCUUUGAAUCACUGUCAGCAAUGGAGCUAGCUGAGCAGAUCACCUUGCUGGACCACAUCGUCUUCAGGAGCAUCCCAUACGAGGAGUUUCUGGGGCAAGGCUGGAUGAAGGUGGACAAGACUGAGAGGACCCCAUACAUCAUGAAGACCAGCCAGCACUUCAAUGAUAUGAGUAACCUGGUGGCAUCCCAGAUCAUGACCCACACAGACGUGGGCUCCAGGACCAGCUCCAUUGAGAAAUGGGUGGCGGUCGCUGAUAUCUGCCGAUGUCUGCACAAUUACAAUGGUGUGCUCGAGAUCACCUCCGCCCUCAACCGCAGCGCCAUCUACAGGCUUAAGAAGACAUGGGCCAAGGUCUGCAAGCCGACAAAAGCGCUAAUGGACAAGCUGCAGAAGACCGUGUCAUCUGAGGGAAGAUUUAAAAACUUGAGGGAAACCCUGAAAAACUGUAACCCGCCCUGUGUCCCUUACCUGGGGAUGUACCUGACUGACCUGGCCUUCAUCGAGGAGGGGACCCCAAACUUUACUGAGGAGGGCCUGGUCAACUUCUCCAAAAUGAGAAUGAUAUCUCACAUAAUCCGAGAGAUCCGGCAGUUCCAGCAGACCCCCUACAGAAUAGAGCACCAGCCCAAGGUGACGCAGUACCUGCUUGACAAAACCCUCAUCAUGGACGAAGACACACUGUACGACCUUUCCCUGAAGAUCGAACCCAGGCUCCCAGCGUGAGAGACUGCAGGAGGCCUGGAUCAUCAUUCACGCAGUGGGAAGCUCGUGACGGCAGACCAGACAUUGGCCCGUUUUGCGGGUGUCCAGUCUAUGCUCCCCCUCUGUAGCCUUGCAUUCCAACUGUCACUAAAUGGAUAGGCUUACAUGCACAGGAUAGUCAUGUCCCUCACCCUGAGUUUACAUGUAACUUCGGUUACAGUACUUGAACUAUACACCAUAAUGCAGACAUUACUGUACAUGGCCAUAAUCACGUUAUGUUUAUCAUAACCAGUUAUGAAACAUAUUACGGUUUGUGAUAGAUUUCACUAUGCUGGCAAUGUAUACUGUGAUUGCUUUUAAUAGUUAUUUUCAAAUCUGCUUUGUAAAAUGCACUGCAUACACAAUGCCAGUGAUAUGACACUCAUCAUAUGCAGUAAUAUGCUAUCGUGGCUGGUAAUGACAGGUGUUAUGAUUAUGGCAGUUGUUAUGCAGGCUUUGUAUGUUCAACAGUAUUUCAGUUAUGGUGUGUUGUUAAAAUGUUAUUGAAACUUUCAAGUGUUCCAUCAAUGCCAAGAACAGAAUUUCAAUUCACAAGCAUUGCCAUUUUGAUGGUUAAAAGCUCAGGUUGAAUGUGAAAAAUCCAUUUUAUUAGCACUUGGAAGGUGCCUUUUAAGUGUGUUUUAUACAUGUUGCAUAGAUGCUUGACAGUGUUAUCAAGAAGAAAAGGGGUUUCAUGUUGUUGAAUUAUGUGUCUCUUGUUUGAAAGUUCUCAGUCUUACAAAAAUAGGGGACGAAAUAAUUUCGUAAAAUAUAAAUGUGUUAUUUUUUAAAAUAUUAAAUGCAACAGUAAGACUAGUAUUCAUUAUGAUGCCAACUUUAUUUAAAUGUUUUAAUUUAUGGGCACAUAGAAUUUAUGGGGAGAGGUUUUUGCAGGUACUCACUGUGCGUAAGUCCAGUAUGGAGCGAAGCAGGGUGCUAAUGACAUUUUGAUAUUGUGCCCUUUCCAAAAUGCUAAAAUGUCAAGAAGGAGCCUAGACUGGCUUUCUGAUGGUCAGGGCAAACUCUAAAUAGGCAGAUGUAACCUUUACAAGAAACCAGGGCCGUGGCUACAAUGCAGGAAUAUGAAUCAAGCUGAGCUGCCUUGAAAUAACAAGGUGUUCAUCUCUCACUUUGAGUAGAUCUGUAAGCUUCAAAGGAGAAAUGGUUUAAAAUAAAAUUCUCUUGUUGAACAUAGGCAACUCUGCUGGAAUAUGGCUUUGAGUGGGAUGUUUGACUGAUGUGGCUAUUGAAAGCCUGCUUCAGUCACUGUUACAUGGAGCAUGAAAAUAGAUGGCUGUUGGUUUGUUUUACCAUCAAAUGUUGAGGUAGGAGUGACUUUGUUUCUGUUCCCAGAGGAAGCAUGUUUUUGUGAAUAGGAGGAUGAAAUACAUGGGUAUUUCUACACUGCAUGAGUUGUCUGUUCCUCCUGGGUCUCUGUUAUUCAGUGUUUAAGUGGAGUGGACAAAGCAGUCGGUCUUAAAUUUAUGAAAUGUUGCCCUCUGCUGGUAAAAAUAAGAUUUGGUCAUGGUCCCUCCAGGUUGAUGUGCAAGUACUCUCUCACACAGUACAACUUAAUUAGGUGUAACUCUGAAUUAACAGAACAAGCUUCUGAGAGGACUGCUUAUAUCUUUUAGGGUUUAUGUUUAUUCAAAACCUAAAAAUAAGUAAAAGGUAUUGUCACAUGUAAUUGUGUUUUGAAAAAUUUCGUCAUGUUUUAUCGCAUAGCAUACAGGCUGCCCCAUUUUGAUCCUUCUCAAUUCACAUGCUGCUGUAAUGUGCAUGUGUUUUUGGUUCAUAUUACGGGGUAUUAUUGUCUCAAACAUAAAUAAAUGUAGCUGAUUGACAAAUAAAUGCAGUGGGUCCACAAAAAUGUUGCCGAUCCACAAAUAAAUGUAGCCGAUCCACUAAUAAAUUCAGCUGGUUCAAAUUUGUGCAUCACCCAUUGCUUGCAUUUAUUUGUUGAUUUUUGACAAUCCUUGUGGCAGAAUUUGCAAAACAUCCACAAAUUUAUUCAUUUAUCCGUUUAGUCUAGCCAGCCAAUCAGAUUUUAAGAAAUCCUUUCGCUAUCACCCACUUUAGUCCGACAGCACGCAUACACUUCAGGAUUGUGUUGUGUAACGCCAAGACAGCCACUCGGUUUGGAAAAUUGCCGUAUGCUAUCUCUGAUCAACGAAUGAACCCUUCAAACCUUGAUCCAAAGUGAAAGCACAUCAUUUUAUAUUUGUACUAUCCCAUUAGAUUUAGGGAAGGGCUGAUGAAAAAAGCUGUAACAUCUGGUCAACAUGGGUGCCUGUAAAGACUUGCAACACAACUUCUUAUAUUUAACUAGUUUGAUUGCUUGCUGUAUUCCCUGCACAAACCCUAAUUUUAAAUAACGAAAGAUGGGGCUGGUAUUGGCACUAUAUUCGUGGAUCGGCUGCAUGUAUUUGUGGAUCAGCUGGAUUUAUUUGUGAAUCGGCUGGAUUUAUUUGUGAAUCGGCUACAUUUGUCUUGCAGACAAUAAUACCCCAUAUUCAUAGAGGAACAAGUGUAGAAUGUGGAAUGUCAACCUUGCAGCUAUCAGGGGUCAGGUGUAACUGCUAGAGUUUGAAAUGGGUUCCAAAUCUGUUCGCAGCUGAAUAGUGUAUGUUUACAUAUUCUGAUUAGGGUUGUCACUUUUUUGUUUGGUAAUCAAGCUUGUUUGAAUCUCAGGAAAGUAAAAAAAAAAAAUCAGUAUGUAAUUAAGGGUUUGAAUUCCAAAUCCUGUUGCCUAGGCGAAAUAAGGAGCUCAGCCGUGCCCUGUGCACAUCCGUGCGGUAAUGGUAGUGCUCAAUAUCAAAUAAGGAGACCAAUAAACAACAACUACAGUGAUAAUGUUUUGUUUGGAGUGUAUACCAUUAGGUAGCCUAUAAAUAAAGUUCAUAAAUGUGUCAUGAUGUCCACGUAGCCUGUAGACUAUUCCAAAUACAGCAGCUAAGAAAACAUGUGCUGUAACUCAGUACUCUGACCUCAGGCGUGCCAUUUGGAAAUAUUACGGGUUUUAUGCCAUUGGAGACAAAAUAGCGAGAAAGUCGUCUAGAACGUGUGCAAGUGACAACUGCCCCAGUAACCCUCCAAAGGCUGACUUCCCCCUUCCAAAAGAGAGAUCAGUCAGUUCAGUUUCCUUUAAGUAAGCCAUGCCAUUGUGAGUUCAUGAUGGACUUGUGUGUUAUUAUUUCUUUCUUAGUUUGAGUAACAGUCAAUCUACAGAGUCAUUUUAUUGUUGUGAACGGCAUCAGUGGCAUUGUUAUGAUCUUCCCGGGUUUUAUUUUGUUUAAUAAAACUGAAAGAUACUGCCGACAUUAUAUAGAAUAACUCGCUUAAGCUAUUUAGCUACAGGACUAAUGGGAAAUUAAAACUGGGCCAUAAUAAUAAUAUAUUUAGGCAACGGUUAAUUCAAGUUCUGACGAUCUAACAUUUGAACAAAUUCCAAUAGAUUUCUUGUUUAUGAGAUUCGUUCAAACUCGUUUUUGUAAAAAGUGACCACCUUAACUCACAUGUCUGUUCUUAAUAAUUACAUAAAAAGUAAAGUUAUGUGUCUGUACACCCCGUCGAUAACUAAAUUAUACAUUCUCACUUUGUUUACAUUUCAUAUAUUUGUAAGAGAAAAUGAGGAGCGAGAACCAUAGCCUAAGUGUACUGUGAUUAAUAAAUAAAUAAAAAACACCCCUAUCUAAAACACACUGAAGCUGCCGUUAUAGGUUGCAAUUGCAGUGUUUUGUGUUUUUAUAGAGGUCACUGCAUUUUUUUCAGUUCAUUGUGAUGUCCUUUAGUACUUUAAUUGUUAGUCUACUGCGUAGCUGCUUUUAGUCACUGCACAUACAAAAACACUUAACUUCAAUCCUAAAAGCAACAUGUGGUGUUUUGAUUGUCUAAAACAAACUGCUUUGUCCUAUCAUCUGUAAUGACAAUUGAAAAUUUCUGUUUUUGUGAAAUAGGUUUUAAAAAAAAAAUUGCACGUACAGAAACGAAUUGAAUGUUUGCUUGUUACAAAAAGCACUUUCAUUGGAAAUUUUACUGUUAAGAGACAACAUAUUUAUUAAUUUAAGAAUGUUACAUUUCUAUAUCCAAACGUUUUAAGCAACUCUACAUUUAUAAAGGUUUGUUUUGCAUUAUUCAGUAGCUGUACUAUUUUACAGGAGAAAAUGAUAAAUGAAACUAUGUGUGUAUUGACCAUUGGAUGGAAGAAAACAUAUGACCAACAUAAUUUCUGGUUUAAUAAUACUGCUGUAUGGUCAUUAAGGUAACCACAGUCCCCCACACUGAUUUCUUAGUGCUGAGAAAAUAAAUGAAACUAAUUCUUCCUUAUGUACUGUGGGAUAAGGUAUUGGAGAAAAAAA